GGGGCUGAAGUUUCGAAAGAUGAUAGAACUCAGGUCGCGUCAGAAGAUCAGUCAACUUCCUACAGUCAGUAUGGCCUCAACGAACGUCUUGGGGUCAGUUCAAAGUCAACUUUCAGUAUAAAUGAUUCUGAUGAUUAUGCGAGAGCUGUGGCUGGUAAAGAAAAUGACUGUUUACGGUUUUAUAACUAUGUUUCCUCGAGUGAGGUUUGCAACCAGGGCUCUGAAAGGAACUAUAGUUCGUCUUGUCUGUCAGCUAAUGGCUUAGCAAGGUCGCAGUUUGGCACUUUCAAAUGCCUUAGUCAGAAGGAUCGAGCUUAUCAGAACAAAACACAACAUCCUAAAAUGGAAAAACAAUGCGAAUAUUCCUACAGAAAUACUUAUAUCCCUUGGAUCCUUCGCGAUUGCAACGAAAAGCGUAAUGUAAAAGCUUAUCAUCAACAUCGUUCAUCUCUAAUGGGGUGGCUUGCCCGCCUUUGUUCUGCAUCUAAAUACCAAGUCCAGGCAUCGGGUACCUCGAUUGCCAGCGAAAUUCCUUCACUCAUCCAAAAUAAUUGUGAGGCAUCUGAUAUUCCGGAUGAAAACAUUGUUUCAGCUCCAGUCCCUAAUCCCACCACGCAGGAGGAGAUUCCACUGACUUCCCAUAAUUCAUCUAUUGAUGCACAACUAACACCAGCACCUCUUCCUUCUCCCCUCUCUUCACCCCCCUCUCCCCAUCGUGGGGCUUUCUUGACCGGCUGUUCUGGAAGAGGGAAGAAGGUAGGAGUACUUGCGAAUAGCUAA